AUGCUGGGAAGCAGCAGCACAGGCAGCACACGAGCAGCACCCUUUUCCACCUGUCCGCGCCUCUUUGCGCGGCACGUCGACCACUAUGGCGCCCUCAAGCUCCCGCGGAACGCGUCAAAGCAGCAGAUCAAGGCGAGGUUUUACGAGUUGUCCAAGAAACACCACCCCGAUGCACCCGGCGGCUCUCCAGAACAGUUCCACGUUAUCAACGACGCGUACGCCACGCUGGGCGACGCGGCCAGCCGUGCCGCCUACGACAGCAGCACGCGACCAGCAAGCGAGCGCGGCGGCGGGAUGGGCACGCCCGGGUCGUCGUCGUCGUUCCACCCGCACUCGCCACAGGCGCGCGCUGCCGCCGGCCCCCAUCGCGCAUGGGGCGGCCGACCGCCGCCGGGCGCACACUAUACGGGGCCCAAGCGGCAGCACGGUAACCUCGGACACGGCAUGGGCAUGGGCAGCGGACCGGGCAGCGUGCCGCCUGGGACGCGGUGGGGCCGCAAAGAGGGCCACGGUAUGGGCGCGAACGCGCGCCAUAGGAUGAACGAGGGAAGGCUGGACGAAGAGGUCAAGGGCGAGAGCGUGCUGUGGCGGUCCAUGGUGGUGUUCAUUGUUCUGGUCGUCAUUGUGGGGCUGGGCGGUGGAGUGAGUGCCAAGGCGGAUGUAGGAGAGCAAGGCGACGACCAUGUCGAGGUGUGGCGGGAACACUGCGAGCUCGAGGAAGAGGAACUGGAUUAA